AGAUCUUUUGACCAAAACCGUCCGCACACGGUAUUUCCUUACGCUGUGUGAGGAUAUGCGGAGGUCCUAAUUUGGCUCAGGAGUUAGCGCCUACAAACAAAGACCAAAUACAGGCUUGCCUUCUCCACAUUGCGUCAAACGCGGAUACCACUAUGCUCGUGUCUCUUUGUCUCCUGCACCCACUAAUCCCUCUAAAGGCAGUACGAUAACAUCCCAUCUUCUUGCGCCAUCAUGCAUAUUUCCAACGAGCCGGUCAACGGCAAUAGCAAACACAAAGAUCACGACGAUGUCGCGGUCGAUAAUUCCCAAAGUUUUGCCGACAUCAAUGGUACGAGUGGACAACCUCCAAAGAUGGAUGACGAAAAUUCAUGGGAGGACGUCACAUAUGUUAAUCGGGCUCGCUCAAAUGAACACACCUCGCCAUCCGCGAGCCCUGCACCUUCACGAGAGGGUGUACGCAAACGCCGGGUGAAGACCCAAUUCAUAGCGAGGCCCACGACUAUGCCAAAGAAAGCAUUUGGCAGAAGUUCUCGCAACAUCAAAGAAACUGUUGCCCCUCUUGUUGAUAUAGACCGAGAGCAGGUCAAACAUGCAUUAACCACCGGCGCAUCUAGUUCCGUCAACUACUCAUUAGACGUCUUCAGCCGUGCAAUGGGAUUACUUCGAUUUCCCUUCGCCAUUUUACUCGGGCUUUGGAUACUAGCAUUCAUUGUCACUCGUCUCACGCACACAUUCCGUACUGUGUUAUAUCCUUUGUGCUAUAUCCCGGGGUUCUCGAGCUCUCCACUCUGCUAUGUUGGUGAUAUGAAAGUACCACAGUGGGCAGAUUAUCCAAAGUUAGUGGAUGUUCAGAGUUCUACGUUCGAACAACUCUUGGAUGAGUCCGUUGGAGGUCAAGGACUUAGUCUCGAGGUCAAGAAGGCGGAGAUGGCGACGAGCGACUUGGUUACCCUUGUUAGAGUCAGCGAUCUGAAGAGCCGAGACCUACUUGCGCUUAGUCUAGAAGAAUUCGUCUCUGAUGCGAAGAAGACCGGGAGAGGGCUUCAGAAACUCAGUUCUAAAAUUGGCGGUGCUGUCGAUAGCAUUGUCGCAGUGAACGACCACGCUCUACACACUAUAGAAGCACAUCUUGGGAAGUCUAAGUCCGUUUUGAGCGUUCUAUGGCCACUUUCUUCUGGUGCUACCACGACAGAAGUCAUUACCAGGACAUUCACAGACGCCAUGAAUGUUCUCUCUACUCAAAUGGAACGCGUUAUCUUGGAAGCGGAAGUUUCCCUCACGAAUCUUGACCGACUCGAGCAGCGACUUAUCACCCUCCACGAACAACUUCACCGCGAGAACGCUGACAUCUCAGCGGAACGUUCCGAAUUACUCGCUGAACUUUGGACUAUGCUCGGUGGCAAUAAACGUAAAAUGCGAGGCUUAGACCAACAUCUAUUCCUGCUUCGUAACAUUGGCCAAUACCGCACUCGGGCAUUAGCUCACGUCGCAGCUGCCCUACAGACUCUGCAGGGGAUGAGCGAGGAUAUGGAGGAUCUGCGAGAGAGAGUUGCAGCUCCGGAAAUUGUCGGAGAUCGUAUCCCGGUGGAGGUGCAUAUGAAGAGCAUCAAGGCCGGGUUAGAUAGAUUGACGGAGAAGAGAUAUCAGGUACGGGAGAGAGAGGAGGCGGCUGUGAAACGAAUCCUUGGUAUAGAAGAAGAUUGAAUGUUGGAGUCCUAUUAUCAAGAGUCAAGUGUAGCUGCUACUAUUAGUCAGUCAGUGUAACGAGUAUACGAAGACUGUAUACGACAUAUUUAUGUUGUGGCAUGUUGCACGCAGAUCGAGGUGCCGUAUUGCCGCGAGGUUUGAUUCAAGCGAACGAUGUUCCGCAUUUGGAAGUAACCAUCCUUAAAAAGUGAAUUCAAUCCCAAAUAUAGCAUGUUUGCAGUG